UUGCUUGAGAAGACAUCACAUCUGAUCCGCGGCUUCGCACUUCCAAUCCACUGUCCUUUGGAAAAGUGCAUCUCUACAAACCCCAAGCAAAUGACCCAAACCGGAAACCAGUUCCCAAAGGAGAACGGAACAGCGCCGUCAUGGAAGUGUUCUCAGCCAUGCUGUCCAUCGCCACAUCAGUGCCGACUAUCCAUAGCCCUAGUUGGCUCUCCUCAACACAGAACACAACAAUCGCGAUCAUGGCCCCGUUCUCCACUCACCAGGUCGCUACAGACGGAAGCCCCUCCCAUGGCGACGUCCUGCCCACACAGACAACUCCAGCGGAGAAGCCUUGCCCCAAGCUGCAGUUGCGGCUCCGUGUGUAGUCGAGCCUGCCCUGCCCUACCUGCUGACGGACUCAAUCCCUUCGGCCUGGUUCCCGACUCUCUGCCGGAUGGCGUCAUGUCGGCGUGGCGAGAGCUCUUGCACCACCGACUGACUGGCAGCGUGCGCUCCCAGGCCGGCACGGCGCUGCGGCGGCCAUCGACUGGACGGGCGAGGAUCGCACAUGUCUACAGCAAAGGCCCGGCAUGUCGUCCAUGCAAGCAUCGGACCCAGAGAGCUCAAUCGGGCGGCCAGCAAUCGGGGCGCAGGUCUGAGGAAUCCUUUGGGGUCGAAUCAAAGAGGGAGACCCGUUGCGGCUGGAGACGGGGAGGGGGGGGGAGUCCACACCAGUAUUUUCAGAGCCAAGACUUGAUGGCACGAUUUCUCCGUUUGUUCUCCAACUUGCGUCAUCUGGAGAUCUGGCUUUGUAAGACACCUGUCAGGAACGGCCGGGGAUUCUUCUCCCGAACCCACGGCAGACCGAGGCAUUCUGCUGCAUUUCGUCAUCAAGGCCCAGGGUGCUAAUGUCUAAUCGCAAAGCACCGGCGCCUUCCAAAAAGACGUCAGGUGGCGAGCUUAGAGAUGCAUUUGUUGCUUGAAAUGACCGGAAUCUUGCUUGAGCUAAAGAUGUGGCAUGGGAAUGCCCGAAAUCCGCACAUAGAUUGAUGACCGUGUUUCGUCCCGUUUUCCUCGCUGUCCCUGGAGAUCUCCUUCACACAAGCAAGGGUAGCAACGCUGCUUCGGCAACUGCCGCAGGGGACCACAUCUCCAUCCUCCGCCUUUACGUCAUGCCUACCGCAUUAAGAAGCACUCCUGUUUUAUGAAGUUGCUAACUGUCUGAUCCGGGCUAGCUCGGUCACA